CUUCACUUUUUCUAAAAAUGAUGAUAAAGUACACGAUACUUCUGCUUUCCUGUGUUUCUUUGCAAUUAGCAUUCCCUACAGAUGUCCCAGUGGAUACUGUCGAAACUACUGCUGCAACGACGGCGGAAAAUAUUACAGAGUGUGAUCAGAUCUCCCAAGAUAUUGCAAAAUGCUUUGUUUCGGUCAUUCAAAAAAACCUACUUUCUGCUUCAUCAUGGGAGGCUCUUCUUAUGGACAAAAAUAAAAUGAUAGAAAUGAUUAGCGAUUUGGAAAAUGCAUCUUGCAUUGUCACAUCGGAAUGUCUGACAGUUAAAGCCAUGAAAUAUUCACAUGACUCUAUUAUUCAAAUCGGUCAUCUUGUCUAUGAGCAUGGGUUCGAUUGCUUGCAAAAAGAAUAUAAAAACAUUGAAACGUACUGGUACACGUGCUCAAAUUCCUCCAUGUCAACUGAAUUUUUGCCAAUAGAGCAGUUGGAAUUUAAUGUUAUUUGUGCCGGUUCAAAAUUAGAAUGCUCUUCGGAAGAACAACUUGUUCUGAUUGAAGCUGCGCUCAAAGGAAUUGAUAUAUUUAAAACUUUGGGAGAAUACGGACAACUUCAACGAGCUGAUGGACAGUCUCCAAGCGAAAAUGAAGAUAUCUCGACAAUUGUGACGAAUAUUGCAGCUCGACUUAAGUAAUUAAUUUGAAACGAAAUGAAAUUAUUACCGCAU